AUUGUCAUUCGGUCAUUCCCUCACUCACUCACUCACUAGCUAACUCAAUUUUCAGCACUUCCAAACAUUUUCCAUAGCUAAAAGCAAACCAAUUCACACACUGCAAAUGAAUUCACUUGAAGAAUCUAGUUACGAGCACUACUCAUGUUCAUCAUCAGAAACGACGAGUUCCUCCUCUAACCGUAAUGAAGAAGCUAUCAUCACACUAGCAUCAGCGAAGCCAAAGAGGCGUGCGGGGCGAAGAAUAUUCAAGGAGACGAGGCACCCGGUGUACAGAGGAGUGAGGAGGAGGAACAACGACAAGUGGGUCUGCGAGGCGCGUGUUCCCAACGAGAAGAACGGCAGGAUUUGGCUCGGAACGUAUCCGACCCCUGAGAUGGCGGCGCGUGCGCACGACGUUGCGGCGCUCGCGCUUCGUGUGAAGUCCGCUUGCCUCAACUUUGCGGACUCCGCGUGGCGGAUUCCACCGUUGUUGCCGGCGUCGAACUGUAAGAAGGAGAUAAGAAGGGUGGCGGGGGAGGUUGCUGAGGCGUUUGUGGUUGAGGAUAUUGAUGGUGAUGAGGUUUGUAGCAGCAACAGCGUUAAUGAGAAUGAAAAACCGUUGCAGUUGAAGGGGUUGUGUUUGGAUAUUGAAGUUCUGGGUGGUGUGUCGUCGGGGUUGCAGGCGGAGCAGGAGCUGCAUGAUUGGCUUCGGAGAAUGGUGGAUGAGCCUCUACGAUCUCCACAGCAUGCAUUUGUGGGAUCAUAUGGUUGGGAUUGGAGUGAUGUGCAGGGUGAUACUGAGGUUUCCUUGUGGAGUUUUGCUAUUUGAUGAUGCAUGAAGCACCCAAUUUAGGCUUUGACUAGUUAGUGUUUCAAUGAUUUUAUUUAUUUUUGCCUUUGGUUUUCUCGUGAUAGAUCAACAAUUAUGGAAAAUGCAAAGCAGUUCUAAAAAAAUUAAGAAAAUUUUGUUACAAAAGCAGUUCUUAUUUGUCAUCAAUUGAAGAUCAAAUGGGGGGUUCUAACCCAGGAGAAUGUCUGCGACAGGUUUGAUGGAAUGGUUCACUUGCCAACGAAGUUAGUGGUAGUGAUAAAUUGUGAACUGGUUCUGUAAUAUGCACAAUAUGUACAGUUGCUUGCUGCAUUGACAGUUGCUUACUGCAUUGACAAUCAAUUGUUUUUAUUUAUUGGACAGAGACAUCAACUGGGGAAGGUUCUGUUCUUUCUGAGUUUGGUAUCAAA